GAGCAGCCCGAUCCCCCUCCCAUGGUUCUACACGUCCAUCCAGGCCUGGAAGCAGCCUGACCGCGUCGCGUCGCGCCACACCCGCGGGUGCAGCAAUGUCACCAGACAGACUAUCCUCAGUUGCAGAUGAUGUAUCUAUGACUUCUGAUACGGACAGAAGCAGAAUAUCGGUCGAUUCGAUGCUGCGAGCUGAGGGCGUCUUCGCCAGGUCCAACGAAUUAACCGCUAUCUUCUAUGCGAACCUACCCGUGGAAGUCAAACAGGUCCUGAAGAACGCGGACUUUUAUAGGGAUGCGUAUUCGGGAGACGUUGACGCAUCGACCGGCUUUGCAGUUGUCGCAACAGCCCUAACGUGCUUCGUGUGGCAGCAUGCACAGGCUUUGACAGGCACCCCAACAUGCUAUAUCUUCUCCUGCCCACCCGACCUUGCUCUGGGAACUACGCCGCUGCAUGUCUUAGUGCCCUUCGGCUCAGGCCGUGAACCAGGAUUAAUACUCAUCGCGUCUUCCGGCGAGAUUCGAUUCUGGGAUAGCAUUGCUAUUGGACUUGCUGGUGGAGAGCACUAUGUUUCCAUCCAGCUGAAACUUGCCUCUGGAGAGACAGUUACUACCCUGACCAGAUCAGACGCUGUCACAUAUGUCGCUUCAACAUCCAGUGGACGAUUGCUACGGCUAACAGUCACAUCCUCAGGCUCCAAAUAUCAUAUUUCGCACCACACAUUCUCCCGACCCGAGUCAGCGCCCGGCUUUUCUCAGUAUUUCUCCUCCCUUUGGACCCCACCGACAGUCCCUCAGGCUGAAGGUGGCUACGUAAGCUCAGUUGCUUUGGGCAAAGGUGACGAGACGGGCAGGGACGUUUGGGCCUUGGUAGAUACUCGGAUCCAGAAGUGGAAUAUGACCGCCGAGGACUGGGAAGAGCUUGUAUUUGACGAGGAUGCCAUGGGUAAAAUCCGCACUGCUAUUCGCCGGACGUCUUGGUCGAAUAUCCCUCCAAGAGAUAUUGACCUUGAUCUGGAACUCCUUGACCUGGCUGUCGAAAAGUCAGGGAAACUGGUGAUACUCUGCUCAUACGCCGGCACAGAAUACGACCUUGAAAGGAGCACAUUCCCCCGCCGAGUAUAUUUUGUCGCGCAUGUAACGCUUGUUGGGGAGACUCUGACCGUGGAGAAAGUUGCCAUUGUGCCAUACCAAACGACUUCCAGCUCUGGCGCUCCAAUGCACGCCAGAAUGAAGUUGUUGGCCAGCGGUGAAUUGAUGGCCGUCCAGUUUGGUGACGCAGUUGCAUUAUGCGCGAGAGAUACGGCCUACCGUGAUCGCAUCGCGUUGAAGUCCGCCACCGAUCGUACUCUGGGCCUCGGCGCUGUAGAACACGCAAGUGAAUUACUGAUUAUGACUGCCACGACUAUCAUGAAAGUGAUGGUCGACAUGGAGCAAGUCAAUGAAUUUGAUGCCGAGACAGGUGAAGCGAACAUCAUCAAAUCCAUUAUGACUCAAGCUGUCCUCUACGGAUCGAAUCCUGAGAAUCCUCUUAGCUUCAGCUUCCCUCCUGAUGUCGACGAAGGGAGCCUUAUGUCUGGAGCAAUCCAGCUCAGCGAAAGCAUUCUGGGAUCAGAUCCUACUCUUGUACGACCAAAUGUCGAUAUGCAGGCGCAAUUAUCGGGGCGCGAGGAACUACUGGGCUUCCUCAUCCAGUUCAUUAAUGAUAAUGCCGUCUUGCCCAAGGUUUCACAAGCGUGCCGGCAACAACUCAUGAGCAAUGCGCAGAAGCAACACGCCGCGCUCGAGCUCUGGACAAUGCUUAACAAGUUCCAGUCUGCUGGUCUACACCACAGUGUGCUGGCGGAAGGCAUCCGAAAUUAUUUCUAUGACCUGAACGAAGAGCAUCACGACCCAGAUCGUGCCUUCUUCCGCAGCAAAGUUGCAGAUCUAGGUCGGCUGAUGGUCUAUGUCAUGGACGUCACUCGGAGAUCAUCCUAUGAGAUGAACAGGAAUCUCUUGGGAGCUCUGACCGAGGCAAACCGGGUUGUAUAUAUGGUGCUGGACUCAGCUAUGGCCUACCGCCGACAGCACGGGGCGACUUACGGCGUCCAAGAGCCUAUGUACAACCCGUGGACUAGCGCCCCGCCUAUGAUCGAUAUCCUCUUCGAGUUGUUCAAUAUGACAGCGAAGAUAGUCGAGGCGCCCACUGCAGAAGUUGGGUCUGCUGCUGGGUAUACCAGGCAAGAACUUAGAAAGCAAAUCCCGGAUAUAGGAUUCCUCCUAUUCGCUUGUAUGACGGAGAGAACGCAGUGGCUUCAGAGUCCUGUGGCCGCUGACCAGCCUGGGAACGACAAGGAGAGGAUGGACUUGGAAGAGCGGUUCACGCAGUCGAGGCCCACCAUUCUCGAUACAAUACGACGCAUAGGGUAUCCGGACAAGGCAUUCGCUCUUGCAGAGCAUUACCACGAUUUGCGGAGUCUGGCAUCGCUGUGCCACAAGGAAAAGGUGUAUCCUCCAGAAGAGAAUCCAUACGCUGAUAAAAUCCGAGCAUGCCUGGAUCGUUUCCGUGAAGCCUUUGCCAUAGAGCUCUUCCAGUGGUAUGUGGAAAACGGAGAGCUUCGGACAUUGUUCGCUCAGCAAGAAGAAUACGGAGACUACAUCGACCUGUACUUCUCGCACCGCCCGAACCCUGCCAUAUCGUGGAUCAAAGACAUGGGCAAGAGUAGAUACGGGGCUGCGUCGCAAGCUCUUCUGUCGGUGGCCAAGAAGGAGAGUACUCUGGAAGUCAGGCAUUUGAUGCUGAGUAUCGGCAAAUUGUCGCAACUGGCUCGGCUUCAUGAGCCUGAAGCGUCGAUUGAUGAGGAUGUGCUUAGCGCCUUCCAUGACGGCCUCGACUUUAUCAGCGUGCAUGAAAACCUUCGCGACAAGUUCAAAGCCAUCCUGUCGACACAUCACGGCAAGAUGUCGCUAGACGCACAGGUGGACAUGAUUGCGCGCGUGACCGCGAAAUCUCUCGCUGGUCGAAAACCUAUAUUACGAGUGUUCAAGGACCUCGUCCGGCAGCUUCUGCAGGGGAAAGCAUUGAGUGUCGAGGAUAUUGUCGAUCUGCUGACCUUGAAGGAUAAUACCGCGCAUGAGAUAUACGAUUAUUCGACUGCGCUACAGAUCUUGAGCGAAGCCAAGGAUUUACCCGAGGUCAGAGUACAAAAUGCCAUGAGGGCCGUAUGGAGAAGGAUCUACAGUCAUGACGACUGGGAUGCCCUGAAGCAAACAAGUGGCCUCUCCGAUGACGAGGUCACCGACCGGCUGAAGGACACGGCGCUGUACAUCACGCUCUGCGCGGUCUACGGAAACGGCGGAACCGCGGUCCUCUACCCGACGUCGUGCGCAAAGCCCCCGUCGAAAGAGGUUAUCGCGGCGAGGUUCCCGGGGAUGGACCCCGACGGGGUCGACGCGCUCGUGGAGGAGUACAGGCAGGAGGGAGAUGCGAUUAUCAGCGCCGGCAUUGAAGAGAACGGGAUGUGGGAGCGGGUGAUGCAUUUAGUGCAGGCCCGACAGAGCGAGAAGGCGGACGUGUCCGGGAAUACGGAAGGGGAUGUGUUUAUGGAGGACUGAUGGCCCCCUCCACCUAACUAGCAAAAACUCUGCGCCCGGCGCCCACACCUAAGCACUGCAGACCCCUUGUAUUUUUAUUUCCAUGUUGUGAUUAUCAUGCGUCCGAAUCUGCGCCCGCGCCGGAGAACUUGGCUUUGAGUUUGGCGUACUCGAGGCGGGCGGCGAGGACGAUGC